AGUAUCAUAACCUCAAAAACAACCCGCUAACGCAAAACAUAACCUAUUUAAUCUAAAAUCCAAUAUUGUGAGCCGCGGGGAGGUCGUAUGGCUAGUUAUUUAUAAAUUUUAUUUUUGUAAAAAUACGUGAAGAUAAAAAUACUGUUUCUUUGCGAUGAGCACGUGUUUUAAAAACAUAUGGUUUAAUUCAUGAUAAUAGAAAAGUUAAUGAAAAAUGAAGAAUUGGGAUGUUUUCGGUAUUUUCCUUGUAGUGCGACUAAUUUCUGUGGUCUUUGUGCAGACUUUUUUCGUACCUGACGAAUAUUGGCAAUCCUUGGAAGUUGCACAUAAUAUUAGUUUCGGAUAUGGCUACUUGACAUGGGAAUGGAAAGCAGGAAUAAGAAGCUACAUUUAUCCACUAAUAUUUAGUGCUUUAUACACAAUAUUGAAGCUUAUUCAAUUGGAUGAUCCAAUUUUUUUAAUAUAUGGACCUCGGUUAUUACAAGCCAUUUUAAGUGCCUAUGCCGAUUUGUGUUUUUAUCGUUGGUCAGGUACAAGAAAAUGGGCCGUGUUUAGCAUUGCCACUUCUUGGUUUUGGUAUUAUAUGGGCUCCCGGACGCUAAUUAACAGUUUUGAAACUGCACUUAGUACAAUUGCGCUUUCACAGUUUCCUUGGUUGGGCAAAGAAAAAGAUGAAAGUUUAAAAUUCAUAUGGAUCGUUGCCGCAGUGUCCGUAAUAAGACCAACUGCCGCUAUACUGUGGCUGCCCCUGUGCUUCUACCAUUUAUUUAUUACCAAAUACAAAAAAUCUUCACUUAUAAUAUCAAGGUACAUACCCAUCGCCUUGAUAAUAUUGUCAUUGUCCGUUUUACUAGAUAGUCUAGCACACGGUUCCUUCAUUGUAACUCCAUAUGAGUUCCUUAAAUUCAACGUACUAAAAGAUGUGGGGUCAUGGUACGGUUCGCAGCCUUGGUUUUGGUAUUUAUCUGUGGGGUUCCCAGCAGUCCUCGGUAUUCAUUUCUUACCGUUUGUGUUAGCAACUCUGGUGAUAAUUAAAAACAGGGCUUCCCACCCCAAUGAGUUGGUUCUUCUGAGCUCCAUUGUCUUUUCAUUAACAAUCUACAGUUUUUUACCACAUAAGGAGUUCAGGUUUUUAUUACCUUUACUUCCCAUUGCUCUGUACGUGUCUUCAAGAUUUCUGUCUGCUUGGAGUCGUAAAGCCAACACGUGGAGGCUGUGGUCGGUGGCUCUAAUUUUGUUUUUGGGAAAUUUGGGACCCGCGUACUAUUUAGGGUACGUCCAUCAACGCGGUACUCUGGAUGUUAUGGAACCCUUGAGAGAGAUCGCGUCUAGAAAUCCGAACAGUAGCAGUUUUUUGUUUUUAAUGCCUUGCCAUUCAACGCCGUUAUUUAGCCACCUACACGUAAAUGUAUCUGCUAGGUUUUUAACGUGUGAACCAAAUUUUAACAACUCUGAUAAUAGUUAUACAGACGAAGCUGAUCAGUUUUAUAACAAUCCAAAUAUUUGGUUACGCAAAAAUUACCCACCGAAUGGAACACAGCCGUCGCACAUAAUUUGUUUCGAUGUUUUAAAACCAGUAAUCAGUGAUAUAAUGAGCAGAUACAAAACUACCCAUGAAAUUCCCCAUUCUAGUUUUGCAACGGCAAGAGUUGGUUACAACGUUUUGAUCAAUGAACGAAUGGGAAACUAGAAUCCAAUUUGUGACAACAAAUAAAGUUUGUUUUCUAUUGCUCAAUGUAUUUUAGUUAUUUAUUCACUGCCAAGAUUAUAAAAAAUAUAAUGAAUUGUAUUUAAAAACCCAAACUUGUUAAUACAUUUAGUAAAAAUGUU